GAGUCAAUAACCCUGACGCGCGGCCGCGCUCGCCAGCCAGUCAUCUGCACUGCAUAGCACAUCAACCAUGUCCGGACGCGGCAAGGGCGGCAAGGUGAAGGGCAAGUCCAAGUCUCGCUCGUCGCGGGCUGGACUCCAGUUCCCGGUCGGUCGUAUCCACCGUCUGUUGCGCAAGGGCAACUAUGCCGAGCGCGUUGGCGCCGGCGCGCCGGUGUACCUGGCCGCCGUCAUGGAGUACCUGGCCGCUGAGGUGCUCGAGCUGGCAGGCAACGCCGCUCGCGACAACAAGAAGACCAGGAUCAUCCCCCGCCACCUGCAGCUGGCCAUCCGCAACGACGAGGAGCUCAACAAGCUGCUGUCGGGCGUGACCAUCGCCCAGGGUGGUGUGCUGCCCAACAUUCAGGCCGUCCUGCUGCCCAAGAAGACCGAGAAGAAGUAAGCAGCGUCCGCACGCACGCGUGUCAGCGCACAACAGGCCUUUUUAAAGGCCACGCAAUCGGCAUCUUUCGAGAGCGAUCGCACGGUGUCACCCAACCGGCCAACGGCCGAUGGCAGAGUGCCUCUGGCAUGGCGCAAAACGUAGACGAGAAACGUGGCCGGGAUUGAAGGCCGGGCACUGGCGUGUGCCAUUUCUGAUUGGAUCUGAUUUAUUCUCAUUUUUAUGUAUUGUUGAUCCGUGCCAUCGCACAGCCCUGACGAGAAUCGAAAUAGGCCGUCAAAAGGCGGAGACGAUAAAGCAGCGCAGUGUGCCGAACAGGAACGGCACUGGCGCCAGAGUGCCUCUGGCAUGGCGCAAAACGUAGACGAGAAGCGUGGCCGGGAUUCAAAGCCCGGCACUGGCAUGCGCUAUUUCUUAUUGAAUCUUAUUUACUCUCAUUUGUUUUUAUGCAUUGUUGAUCCGCGCCAUUGCGCAGCGCUGACGGCAACAGACGGCAA